AUGCUGUCGUUCCAGUCUCCAUCGCAGUUGUUUCAGAGGUCUCUGAGAUUUUUGCGCUCGGGGUACCCAACAUUGACGGAUCGGUCCGGUAACAACGGUCAUUUGGCGCAAAUGGUUAUUUGGGUCAUACAGCUAUAUGCAGGUUGGAAUCUUGGCGACAAGGGCCUGCUUCUUCGCGCCAGCACUGGAUUGCUCCAGAUCGCAGAAUUGUUCGGCGUACUGAUUGUGGACAGGUGCGAUGCUCAAGGAUGCCGACCAGCACAAGCUGCCAACUCUAUUGCAUGUCUUUUGGUUUGCGUGUCUACACAUUUGGUGGGCUUCAUGACUUCAGCGAGACGUCCUUUUGUGGGUGCUACGCUUGAUUCAGAAGCAGCUCCAGAUUACACACGACACAAAUCCUCACCAUUGGCCCGAUAUCCGCGUGUUGUUCAGUUGUUCUUGCACGCCUUGUGCACACUUUCGAUCGGGAGGCCCCAUGAGUGUUCAUGCAUGCCUUUGAAUCCAGUUGCUUCUGUAAUUCUCCUCAAAAUCCGCUGGACAUCUGGCAUCACCGGUCAGGAUUACGCAUCUUGUGACAUUGCGGGCUGGCUUGCUUUUCUGCCUGGGAUUCCUCUCUUUGUUGGAUGCAAGUCAACAAGAGGCCAAUCGCCGGAGAUCAAGGGUGUGAAGUUGCCACCAGGCGCCGUCGUUCCCCACGAUGUCUACUCUUGA